AUGUUACACGUCCGAGGAAAUCGAAGAGACUACGAUAAAUGGGCAAACCUAGGCAAUCCGGGCUGGUCUUUUAAAGAGGUCCUUCCAUAUUUCCUGAAGUCCGAAGAUUUUAAUGUAGACGGAGGUGACGAAGGUUUUCAUAAUAAAGGAGGCUAUCUAUCGAUCAGUGAUGUACCUUUUAGAACGGGAUUGGUCGAUGCUUUAGUGAAGAGUGGACAAGAAUCUGGUUAUCCGUAUGUUGAUUAUAAUGGGAAAGAACAAAUAGGGGUAUCUUAUGUCCAAGCUCACUUACGAAAUGGAAGACGUUGUAGUGCUGAAAAGGCCUUUCUUCGUCCUGCUGCAGCGAGAUCCAAUUUAAAAAUUCUCACUAACAGCAGAGUAGUUCAAAUUUUAAUCGAUCUAUUUACCAAAAAGGCUUAUGGUGUUCAAUACGCCAAGGAUAAGAAAUACUUUAACGUUUUUGCUAAAAGGGAAGUUAUUGUUAGUGCUGGUGGUCUUAAUUCGCCACAGCUAUUGAUGCUAUCUGGAAUUGGUCCAAGAGAAGAUUUAGAACAGCUCGGUGGCGUGGAAGGGUUAUUGUAUUUUAAAAGCAAAGUAUCUGAUGACCCUGAUCCAUUAUACCCUGACGUAGAACUAAUAUUUUUAGCAGGAACCAUUGCAGCUGACAAUGGACAUUUAUAUACAAAAUUGUUUAAUGUACCACGUGAUACUUAUGACCGAAUUUGGAAAAUGUACGAAAAAAAGCCAGCAUAUCAAAUAAUGCCGAUGUUAACCCAUCCAAAAUCUUUUGGAUUUAUCAAGUUAGCUUCUAAGAACCCCUUUAGGUGGCCAAAAUACUAUGCAAACUUUUUGUCAGAUCCCCAAAAUCACGACAUAAAAACUUUUAUAGCGGCUAUCAGAGAAAUUCAACGAAUUAGUACUAGUCCCACCUUAAAACAAUUAGGAGCUACUAUAGUAAGAACCCCACUACCAGGUUGUGAGCACCUGGUCUUUGAUAGUGACGAAUAUUGGGAAUGUGGUCUAAGAUCUCUGACUAGUAGUGUCUGGCAUCAAGUAUCAACGUGCAAAAUGGGACCAAGAGGAGAUCCGGAAGCCGUGGUUAAUAAUAGAGGAGAAGUUUAUGGAGUAGAGAAUCUGAGAGUGGCUGAUACAAGUAUAAUCCCUUUUCCAUUAUCUGCACAUACAACUGGACCUUCAUACAUGAUCGGGGAACGAGUAUCUGAUUUUAUUAAAGACAAAUGGAAAGCAAAUACCGUAUAA